UUGGCCCGCUGGGACCCGUUUGCACCCUCUGUGCCUCAGUGUGAGGGCUCUGCUGCUGGCACAGCAUGGUCCAGGACUGCUCGGCAUGCUCUGGAGUUCAUAGCGCCAGUCUGUCAGGCCGGGCAGCCCAGGCAGCGAUGGACAAGGUCGGCACGCCCGGUCCUUCUGCUAAGAAACAUGUGCGGCUGCAGGAGAGGAGAGGCUCCAAUGUGUCUCUGGUGCUGGACAUGAGCUCGCUGGCGAGCGUGGAGCCGAUCCGCUCAGUCUGCACCCCCCGGGACAUCACGCUGCGGUUCCUCAGGACAUCCAGCCACGUCCUGACUGGCGUGGAGCUGCAGCAGCGAGCCAGGAAUCUGGCACAGCUUCAGGAGGAGUUCUCGAAAAUCCCCCCCAACUUUGUCAACCCGGAGGAGCUGGACAUCCCCGGACGGGCCUCCAAGGACAGAUACAAAACCAUCCUCCCGAAUCCCCACAGCCGCGUCUGCCUCAGGAGAGCCGGCAGCCAGGAGGAGCAGGACUACAUCAAUGCCAACUACAUCCAGGGCUAUGCAGGGCACGCCCGAGAGUACAUCGCCACGCAGGGGCCCAUGCUGAACACGGUGGUGGAUUUCUGGCAGAUGGUGUGGCAGGAGGGCGUGCCGCUUAUCGUCAUGAUCACCAAGCUCAAGGAAGGCAAAGAGAAAUGCGUCCAUUACUGGCCUGAAAAGGAAGCCACCUAUGGCCUGUUCACCAUCCGCCUUCAGGGGGUGAGCGAGCAGGCGGAGUACACAGUCCGGGAUCUCACCCUCCAGCUCGAAGGUGAAAGUCGCCCGGUGAAGCACGUCUUCUUCCCCUCCUGGCCCGACCAGCAGGCCCCCGAGUCAGCCAAGCCCCUGCUGCACCUGGUGUCGGAGGUGGAGCAGAUCCUGCAGGCUGCACCCAGCACGGGGCCCGUGGUCGUUCACUGCAGUGCAGGGAUUGGUCGGACGGGCUGCUUUAUUGCUACCAGGAUUGGAUGCCAACAGCUGAAGGCCAAAGGAGAGGUGGAUAUCCUGGGGAUAGUGUGCCAGCUCCGGAUAGACAGAGGUGGAAUGAUUCAGACCAGUGAACAGUACCAAUUCCUCCAUCACACGCUGGCUGUGUAUGCUUCGCAGCUCCCCGAGACGACAGGCCCAUAAUAAUCCCAGCCGUCUGCUGGGCUCUGACUUUCCCCGGGGCACUCUGAAGUCUCCAGCAUCUGAGCCGACAGUAGAGCUACCAGGAAAGGGCUCCAGCUAGCCCUGGCUCCUUUCUGCUCACAUCAUGCCACCCUGGCAGCAUGAGAGGAACUGUGGCACCCUUGAACGGCCAUGGCAAACCUGCCCUGAAUCACGCUAAUUACCUCCUGGCAUCUUGUAAUUAGGGUAAUUAACUAGAGCUGCUUAGAAGUGUCCCAACACACAGCGAUGCAUUGCUAGCACAGGUUGGUUUGUGGGCAGAUUUGAACAAAAAGAGGGAUUCCGGUGGGUUUUUGUUGGUGCCAUUUGCUAUGAGCGUGAGGCCAAUUUCACUGACGGAAACGGGCUUUUGCUUUCUAAACCUGUGGCAUUCUAGCCCCGACUCGACCAGCAAACUGUGCUAAGGAACUGGAUAUAUGCUAGGAACUGGAGCAUGGUUUGCAUUUGAACCCUCCAACCAGUUACAUCAAGU